GACAAUGCAUCCUCCGAUUUUGCGACGGAAACCUCCAAGACUACAUCUCACCUUUCUUUGUUGUAUCUAUCUAUUCAUUGCCACCUUACCCGCAUCCGCCAUCUGGCCGUUUCCACCAAAACGCUUCAAUGGGAAUGCACUCUUAACAGCAGGAUCUAUGGGAGUAGAUGACGAUGGCAGAGUGGUCGCAUUUGGAGAUUUCAAUGGCGAUCAGUUUCUUGACAUUGUUGUGCUAGGGUCCGAUCAGUACACGCUUUCCGUGUACCUUUGGAACCACGAGAGCUUUGACUUUCGUCGCUCUGCCUCCUUCCGUCAUCCCCAGCGCGUUUAUAACGUCGUUCCAGGCGACUUCACACAUGAUGGGACACUUGACCUCCUCGUCAUGUCGCAGAGUUCUUCAUCCGAUGAACUUUCCUUGUCUUUAUAUCCUGCAAGGCAUGGAGGAGGUUUCGAUUUGGAUCCCCUUUCCCUCCCGUCGUCCUCGUUAUCACAGCCUGUGCCUUUGGACAUUGAUGGGGACAUGAAGAUUGACCUGCUAGGUCUCCGUCCUGGAAGCUCUUCGCUGAAAGUAUGGCAAAAUGUAUGGAAUGCCUCGGAUCCGAGUCAGAUUUUGUAUAACGUCAUCAAUCCGCCCUUCAGUGGUAACCAGUGCAAGAUAUCCAACCCGCAUAGUAACGCUGUUAUUGAUCUAAAUGGUGACUGCCUUGCCGAUGUUUUUCUUGUCUGUGACGAACCUUCGGGUCGAAAAUCGUUCCAGAUUUGGGUGAACAACAAAUCCAGAGGCUUCACGCUCGCGCAGAGCGGGCGUCUACCACAGGGGACUCAGUCUGUGACCUUCGCUGACAUGGAUCGAGAUGGUACGAUUGACCUUUUAAUCACCACAUGUGCCUCUGUGUCGGCCAGUACCGGGCUCGGCACAGGCUGUGCACUCAAUAUCGCGUACAACAAGCAGAUCCCACUUUCUCCCGUCAACAGCUCGGCUGAUGGUAAAGACGCAGAGAGGACGUGCCGACGACCAGACGAACUCUGCACUGCAGACCCUCAAUCCAAGUUUGAUUUCACGGUGCCUCACUACGUGUCUCUUCCUCUAUCCACGCUGCUCCACUCACAGUCUUCUUCCCCGUCCCUCCUCGUUCUCGACACAACAUUCUCCCCUCCUCUACCCGUGCUCCCACGCGUGGGCGAUGCGAACCUCGAUGGUUUUCCUGAUUUAUUGCUUAUUACAAGCACGAGUCUUGAUAGGGCGCGCAGGCCGCGAUUGAUUUUCUCUGAGCAAUGCGGGAAAGGUAUUGAGGGAUGCGAUGUCCCAGGUGCUCGAAGAGGCUGGAAGGAAGCUACAAAGGGCGUGGAAUCCCUCCAAAGCAUAGGUGAUGCACGGGGGGUCACGUUCCUAGACAUGGACGAAGAUGGAACAUUAGAUAUACUAGUCCAGCGGACAGGAGAACAGGGCCAAGGAAAUAUUCUUUUCGUGCAGAAUAAUUUCUACUAUGACGCUUUCUUCAUGAAAGCUAUUGUUUUGAAUGGUGCAUGCGGAAGCGGUUGGUGUGUAUCGCCAAACGGUAGCGAGAAAUAUCAUCCGUUUGGUGUCAGCUACUCAGGUGCAAGCUACAAAUACACAGUUCUUGAUACCUCUGGGCGCCGAUCGGCUGCGCAAAUCGCCCAACUACCACAAACCUCAUAUCAUUCGCUCCACACGCCUUACGCCUUCUUCGGCCUUGGGCGCACAAACAACUACAUCGAGAACCUCUUCGCGGGGUCAACGAAGCACGAUCAGCAGCAUUAUAUCAAUCUAGAGAUGGUCAUCCCCAAUUCCAAAAUCGUGAUCAACCCUGGAGACUCGAACGACGCGUGGCGGAAAGAGCUAUAUCUUCGGCCAGGGGAUUGGUUUACGUGGGUCGGUGUCAGUGUCGUGGCGGCCACGGUGACGCUUGCCGCCGUCGUGCUCGUGCUGCAUCUAAACGAGAAGAGAGAAGACGAAUUGGAGAGAAGGAGAGUCUCGCAUCACAUCAACUUCGACGCGCUGUAGCGCUCUCAUACCAAAUGGUCAUCCCCACGAUGGUUUUUCUGAUUGGACCUAUCGGCUUAUGUUGCAUUCUAUCCAUUUAUCAUAAUAGCGAGAUUGUCGACC